CCCCUAUUUCUUUCCACCCGGCGGUCAACUCUGGCGUGUUUUAUUCCCCUUCGACCCGUUAGAUUGACUCUUCUUAGCCGUUCACACUUGCUUCUUUCCUUUCCACCACCUUUAAUUUUUAUGAAUUUUUCCUUCUCUUCUGCUAUCUUGGAUCAGCUAUUGUUUGUAAGGAACACACAGUUGUUUUCCCUGGCAUGGCGGAGCUGACCAUAGCAGGAUGGCUGGUGUCUCCUAUCAUCGAAGAGAUGAUUCACAAGGCCCGCUCCUACCUAGAGAACCAUCACCACCGGCGGAUGGACAUGGAGGAGGAACUCCACAGCCUCGAGACCUCCCUGACGCAGAUCCUCGCCGUCGUCGGUGCCGCCGAGAGGCGGCAGCAUGUCAAGGAUGUGACCCACCAAACACUGCUGCGCCAAAUGAAGGAUGCCAUAUACGAGGCUGAGGACGUGCUGGAUGAGUACGGCUACCUGUUCCUCAAGGCCAGAGUGGAGGGCGGAUGCAAGGUGAGCCAUCGGCUAUCCUCUUGUUCUCUUUCUUCUGGCCAAUUUUCAGUCGGACAUGGCAAAUUCAGAACCAAGUUAAGGAAUACCGUAAAGAAGUUAGAUAGGGUCAACGCCAGUGCUGAGAGGUUCCUCCAAGUGACCAGGUUAGAGAUUAGCAGUGCAAUUCAGCAGCCUGAGGUCAUGCUAUCGCGUGCCACCACCUCCUUUUUGCUUGAGAACAAAGUGUUCGGGCGAGACGAGGAACGGGAUGAAAUAAUCGGGCUGCUACUCGAGCCCGGUGACGAGCACAACUUCGUUCUUCCGGUAGUUGGUGAAGGAGGUGUUGGGAAGACUACACUCGCUCAGCUUGUCUAUAAUGAUGUACGAGUGGCGAAACAUUUUGAGUUGAGGAUGUGGAUCUGCGUCUCCGAUAGUUUCAAUGAGAUUCGGCUUACCAGGGAGAUUUUGGCGUCAGUUUCUAAUGAUGCAAUUGGCGAUUCAGCAAAUCUCAAUAAGCUCCAAGAGGAGCUUCGAACGAAGUUGAUGUCGAGGAAAUAUUUGUUGGUCUUGGAUGAUGUGUGGAAUGCUGAGAACAUGGAGGACUGGGAGAACAGGGAUAGAUGGAGGAAGCUCCUCGCCCCUUUGAGAUCUGGGGAAAGGGGAAGCAAGAUCCUGGCGACAACUAGAAUGGAAAUGGUGGUAGCGGUGUUGGGUGCUGUGGAUUCAAUCUACUUGAAGGGGUUGAGAGGUGAUGCUUAUUGGCUGCUUUUCAAGAAGCACGCCUUUGGUUGCGAGAACCCUGAUAACCAUCCAGAUUUAUUAAGAUUUGGUGAGCAAAUAGCAGAGAGGCUAAAUGGCUCACCUUUGGCUGCAAAGGUCGUGGGAGGAAUGCUGAAUGCUGAAUUGGAUAUUGGAAAAUGGAAGAAUGUUUUGAAAAGUGACAUAUGGGAUGGCAUUAUGCCUGUUUUAAGAUCGAGUUAUCAAAACCUUCCGGCACACCUGCAGCGCUGCUUUGCAUAUUGCAGUAUAUUUCCCAAGGACUGGAAGUUUGAACCAGAUAGGCUGGUCUACAUGUGGAUGGCACAGGGUUUCAUUCAGCCCCAAAGCUGCAACAUUGCGAGGAUAGAGGAUAUAGGAAGAGUCUACUUCGAUGACUUAUUGUCAAGGUCUUUCUUUCAAACACUUGAGCAAGAUGGUCGUAAAUAUUAUAUGAUGCAUGAUCUGAUGAGUGACUUGGCACAAACUGUUUCCAAGGAUGAAUGCUUUCGAAUUGAAGGUGACAUGGUAACAAAAAUUCCAUCCACCGUUUGCCAUUUGUCAAUUAACACUGAAAAUCUGCCUCAACUCACAAAUAUACGUCAACUGAAUAAGUUGCGCACCUUAGUUUUCUUCUAUAAUGAUCACAACAUUCACCGUGAUCUGCUCAAAGAGUUGAAAAGCAUCCGUGUGUUGGAUUUAACUGGUUGUGAUGUGGAAAAACUGCCAGAAGAUAUUGAUCAUUUAAUUCAUCUGCGUUACCUAGCUCUUUGUGACACACUCAGAACAUUGCCUGCAUCACUGUGCAAGCUUUACCAUCUGCAGGUGUUAAGCACAUCUAGAUGGUGCUGGCUUGGUCAAUUUCCAGAAAGUAUGAACAAGCUGAUCAGCUUACGGCAUCUUAAUGUUCAUAGUAAAUAUGCAGCUCUGAUUUCUGGAAUUGGAAAACUUACCUGUCUUCAGGAAUUAGCUGAAUUCCAUGUUAGAGAAAGAAAGGGAUACAAAAUUGGAGAGCUGAAGGACAUGAAUGAACUUCGAGGAUCACUCGACAUAAGAAAUCUUCAGAAUGUUAAAAGUAAGGCAGAGGCUGUUGAGGCCAAGUUGAACCGAAAAAUGUAUAUUACGGCAUUGCGGUUAGAGUGGGGUACCUCUGGAAAGACUAGAAGGCAUGAUGUAGAAGUACUUGAAGGCCUCCAGCCAAAUGCCAAUCUCGAGGAACUGGAUAUCGUAAGCUACAAGGGCAUCAGAUCUCCAUGUUGGCUGGAGGCAAUCUGGCUCUGCAACCUCAAAUCUCUCUCCCUAAUCAACUGUGAGGGGUUGAAAUCCCUCCCUCCUCUUGGACAGCUUCCUGGCCUCAAAUUUCUCAAAAUUAUUGGAAUGCAUGCAGUAAAACGAGUUGGUUGUGAAUUCUAUGGUCAUGGCACUGUAAGAGGAUUCCCAUCAUUGGAGCAUAUACAGUUUGUGAACAUGUCGAAGUGGGUAGAGUGGUCUGAAAUAGAGGACUCCCAAAUGUUUCCUUGUCUCCGUGAACUCAAGAUUAAGAAUUGCCCGAAGCUGUUGAAAUUACCCACCUUCCCUCCUAACUUAAUGAAUAUAUCCAUAAGAGAUGUGGGACCAAUUCAUAAUUUAGAUUUCUGCCCGUUGUCAUCACCACUGCAAACCCUUUUAAGCCUGACUAUAUGUAGCUCCACCAUGCUACUUGAUGACUACCUUCACUGCCACCACUUCAGGGAUGUUGAGGUGUUGAACUUGGACAUGUGUCAUCAAGGGACUCUGUCUGCCGUAGAGUUUCGAGAAUUCACCUCUAUCCAAAGACUCAGAGUAUCUUUCUGUCCCAAUUUACUUGAAUCCAUGAUGACAGAGAAGGAGAGUUGCUGUAGCAUCUUGCCCUCAUCACUUGUAUAUCUUGAUAUCCUUCAGUGUGGAAUCACUGAUGAGUCACUGUCAAAAUGGAUGCAGAACCUCACCUCUCUUUGCACUUUGGAGAUUGGAGGUUGUCCCUUCAUAAUUUCCCUUCCCUCCAGGAAUGUAUUGUGCCACCUGACUGCACUCCGACAGAUGCAUAUCGCAGAUUGCAAAGAAUUGAUCUCACUGGCUGGGUUGCAUGCCGUUUCCUCCCUCAGAACCUUGAGAAUAGUUGGUUGUCCCAAGCUUUUAUCAUCAUCCAUGAUCCAAGGGGUGGAGGACAAUUGCAAUAGCAUUCUACCAUCAUCGCUCGUACGUCUUGCAAUCGAGUCAUGUGGCCUUGUUGAUAUCUCAUUGUCAAACUGCCUGAGGAACCUGACCUCUCUUGCCACCUUGAAGAUUAAAGGCUGUCUCCAAAUAACAUCCCUUCCCUCGGCGCAGGUACUGUGCCACCUGACUGCACUCCAGCAGGUGAGUAUUGGAGAAUGUCCAUUGCUGACAUCACUGGCUGGCUUGCAUGAGCUUUCUUCCCUUAGAACACUCAGAAUAUUUCUCUGUCCUACUCUUCUGGAGUCCAUGACCCCAGGCGAAGGAGAUAGCUGUGGCAUCCUGCCCUCGUCACUUGAAUAUCUGGAAAUCAACUCAUGUGGUAUCAUUGAUGAGUCACUGUCCAGAUGUCUGCAGAACCUCAUCUCCCUCUCCACCUUGAACAUAGAAGGCUGUCACGGCAUUACAUCCCUUCCCCCAGCAAACGUGUUGCGCCACUUGACCUUGCUCCAAAAAUUGCAUGUUGAGGACUGUAAAGAGUUAUCAUCAGCAGCAGCAGGCUUAUCAGCCCUUGUCUCCCUCAGAGACUUGAAUAUUGAACGCUGCCCCAAGCUUGAUUCAAUGGCCCUACUUCAUGAUGUGAAAAACCUUUCCUCCCUCAAGGAAUUGAAUGUAAUGGAUGGAUCAGAAAUUCAGUUGCUUCCUGAUGAUGGCCUGCCUGCUUCACUUGAAUAUUUCAGUUUGUUGGGAUGCCAUCCAGAAUUGAAGGCACAGCUGCGUAAAAAGAAAGGCCCCGAGUGGGAUAAGAUUGCUCACAUCUCUCAAAUAUUUUACUGAUUCAUCUGAACUCUGCUAGAGAUGGUUGUGCUAUUCUCCAACCUCAUCCACUGAUACAUUUGUUGCUUAGAGGUGUAAGCAUGAGGAUGAUGAUCCUGAAAUAGCAGAAAAGUGGGAAAUUGGCUACGAUUGGGGAUCAAAUGCAUAUCAAGAUCAAGACAUUUCAGUAGAUUGUUAUCAAAGAUAUAAUGAAUCCGGUGAAUGGACUGAGCUUUCGUUGGGUGAAACAACAGCAGAGUAUGCGUACGAGAAAAGUUGAAUAAAGAUUCAUCCAACCCUUUUCAAAUAUAUAACAAAUCAUCAUCAAAUGAACUAUGCUGAAGUUUGCAAAAUUUUCAACUCUUCCUAAAGUUCUCAAAAUAUUGAGUGUUCGGACAAAGACUGAAGGAUUUGUAAUUUCAGAAGGUGACAAAUAAUAUAUGCCUCCAACUCUAUUAAAUAAUUAUAAGAAGAUGAAGAGACAGAGGUGUCGAUCUUCUUGCAGUCUCUUCGGUUAUAGUGUUUACCAAAUUUCAAAUUUGUUGUAAUAAAAAUGAUAGGUUGGCAGACAUAUAGUGAUAUUGUUCAUUUAUUUGUCGACGGAGAUUUCUGUGCACUUGAGCUCUUAGGCAUCAACACAUGUGAACUCAAGUAUGAAUUAUACUAAUCGGCUGUUUGUGCACAUCAAUAACAAGUUAGCACUGAGAGGUGUUUCGUU